CUAGAGAAGCAAUAGACGAUACGAAUAAACAGGUUGAAGAUCGUGGCGUACUAAUCGCUUAUAUCUCCGUUGGGGUUAGGGUUUGCAGAGUACUGAAUAUCGCUAAUUCCACCGUUUUUCCGAUUCCGUAACUGCGUGCAACAGUGUUCGAUAAUCUACUUCGUCCUUCAAAUUUUGAGUUUCCCAUCCCAGAAUCGGUGAAUUGUUGAGCAGAGAAAUCGAGAAUGGGAGGGCAUGGAGGUCUGAACAUUCUCCCUCAGAAGCGUUGGAACGUUUACAAUUACGAGAACAGAGAGAAGGUUCGUCGCGACGAGGAGCAAGCCGCCAGAGAGGAACAGCUUAAGCGCGAGCAGGCUCGGAAACGCGAUGCGGAGUUCCGUCUCGAGCGUUUACGUUCCGCUCGAGGUUUGGCACCGUCGCUUCCCCCUCCUGAACCUGAAGCCGAACCUAAGCCUUCUUCCGAUCCUGGUCACAUCAACCUCUUCGAAGGAAUUAAGAUUUUCGACCCAAUUGGAGUGCCUCAGAAAGACGGUGCUGAGGAAAGAGAUGGGCCGAAGAAGAAGAAGAUGAAGAAAGAGGAAGGAAGGCCCAGCAGUGUCGUGGGCCCAGAGGAUGAGAAAUAUAGGCUUGGUUAUGGGCUUGCGGGGAAGGGGGUUAAGUUGCCUUGGUAUCUUGAGAAGCCCAACGAUGACGGUGUUGAUGUUGUUGAGGAUGAAAGGUGUGGCGGCGAUAGGAGAGAGCGUAAGGGUGAGAAGAAGAAGAAGAAGAAGACGUUGGAGGAAUUGAGGGAAGAGAGAUUGAAAAGGGAGAGAAAAGAGAAGGAUAGGGAGAGGGCUUUGAGACAGGAGAAGGUGCAAAAUCACAGAGAUGUUUAUGGACGUAGGAGGUUCUCCAGAUGAACAUAGAUUUUUCUAUUCUCUUUUCAUGUUUUGAUUUGGUAGCUUUGUAUCAGGAAAAUUGGUUGAUAUUUGAUAUAAUUAAUCAAAGUGGUUUGGUUUGGUUUUCUUUCAUGAAGUUAUUUGAUGAGUUGGUACACCAAUGCUUCCUUUUCUAAGGAAAAGUUAUAUGAAAAAGAUGGGU